AUGGAUAUGGAAUUAAGUGACUCUGAUGAACCUAUAAAUAGGAGCAAGAGAAAGGCAUCAAGAUUACGGAUACUUUCUUCCUCUUCUGACGAAGAUUUUGUUUUUGGAAACAGUGAUAUGAACGAAUGUUCCUCGGAGGAAGAAGAUGUGGUGUCUAUAUCAGAGAACGAGGAUGGCGAUGAAGAAUGGCAGGCAGUAAAAGAAAUAACUUCAGUAAUAAAUGAAUAUUCGGAAGAAGAGGAAUUUUUAUAUGACACUGACUGUAAUGACCCUUUUGCUUUAUACAAACUAUUCUUCACGGAUUACAUACUAGAGAUGAUAGUUGAAGAAACAAAUAAAUAUCCUACACAAUGUAUAAAAAAUUCUUCAUCUAGCAGUAGAAUACACCAAAAAGCCUGGCAGUCUGUUACAAAAGAUGAAGUGAAUACUUUUAUUGGCAUAUUGCUUAUUAUGGGUGUAGUUCAAUUACCAGAAAUUAGAUUGUAUUGGUCUAACAACGACAUGUAUGCGAACGCACGCAUAAAAAAAGCAAUGAAAACAUAA